GAUGCCGGCAUGCAAAUUUAAUCUUGAGAGGGAUCCGCCGGUGUAUAUGUGUGGCGAAAAAGUGGUCGGUUAUGUAGAAGUGACAUUUGUCAAGGAUAGAUUACUCGAAGAUAUACGCAUAAUUUUUCGUGGCAUGGCUACAGUGAGUUGGGUUGACACCAUGACACGUUUUCCCAAAUUGUAUUCCGGUGAGGAGACAUAUAUGGAAAUGGAAACGAUCGUCUUUCAAGGUGGUCCCCUACUGGCCGACACAUAUAGAUACAAUUUUUACUUUCAUGUACCGGAUGUCUGCCCAACAACUUGUACUACCGAUAUUGGUAAAAUUUUUUGUGAAUUAAUAGUACUUGUGAGUUUCGAAAAUGAGGGCAAGAGUAAGUUCCCCACCGAAAUUAUGGUGAUCCAAACGGUCGAUAUUGAAAAAGUACCAAACGCAAUGCUGCCAGUCGAAUGCAGUGAUGAAAUGUUUUUCUGCUGUUGGCCUUGUGCUGCCGGUCCAGUCGCCGUGUAUUUGAAAUCAGCACGUUAUGCCUAUAUACCCGGCAAUACCAUCGAGUUCAGCAUUGGGCUGACUAACAAGUCGAAACGUUUUAAAUUUCGCACUACUCUGACCACUUACCUCAUACAGGUUUACAAAUACAUCGCAGAGGAACCACGCCAUCGUUCGCGUUACAUAUCGUAUAUCUUGAAUAGCGUCAAAAAGCAUAUCAUUGUGGAGUCGGGGGAUAUGGCUGUACUGGACGAUCAAUUCUCUGUGCCACCUCUACCACCAUCCACCCAGGGUAAUCACAUAAUAUCCAUUAAAUACGAACUCCGUCUGGAGAUGCGUAUCAAUGCGGUCUCACGUUCAACGACGAGUUUGGACCUACCCAUCGUGAUAGGUACAACCGUGGAAAGUGCAGCCGCGCAUACUGUGUUAGUGAAUAAAUGAAAAACACAAUUUUCCUCUAGAUAGGGAGGCAAAGAAGUAGGUGCUGGUAGUACAUACGAGUUCAUACAUACAUACUUUUUUGGUAUGCUUCACGCCCACUGUCAGUGCUUUCGCUAUAUAUAUUAAUUACUAUAUGUGUAAAGCUCAAAGCAGAAAAAUACUUGCUUAUAAGCAACAUUUUCUGACUGAAAUCGAACUAGUCCCAAAAAGACUAAAUUUGUACCGAUUAUAAAGCGAAUGAAUGGCUUGAAUACUACUUUAUUUGAAUUAAAUUUUUAAUUCACUUAAAUUUUUUGUAAGCCAUUAAAACGAGUGCAUAUAAACUCACUCACGAGUGCCCACUCAAAAGAGGAUAACUUCCUCCGAUAUAUAAGAUUUGGUAUAGAAAAAAAUAGCCGCUCAAGGGAGUUGAUGGCUAGUAAAUGUGCCCGUUA